AUGACUACGGAUCAAUCUCGAGGAGCAUGGGGAAGCCAACUUCAAUUCAUUCUUACUUGUAUUAGUUUCUCUGUUGGAUUGGGUAACCUAUGGAGAUUCCCGUCAACUGCUUACGAAAACGGAGGAGUGGUGUUCGUCAUACCGUAUGUGAUUUGUUCGGCACUCGUUGGUCUUCCAUGCCUCUAUUUGGAAUUUCUUAUCGGACAACUUACUCAAUCUGGUCCCUCUAAAGCUUUCCGAUAUUUCAUGCCAGCUUUGCAAGGUGAGAAGCAUUCUGAACUAUGUAUAUUCAAGGGUCCGUGA